CGCUAGACUGGUGUCGUGAAGGGACGUGUGCUCCCCCGCCACCCAGGCGCCGCUUCCCCUGCCUGCUAUCGUGGACACUAAUCCCGCUAGGAUAUAAUUUGUUAAUUUGUUGAGUGUGUGUGUGUGUUGGAGGCGGGACCUCGCCUCACCGGCCAGAGAUAGUGAAGCAGCAGAAGAACUUCAGGUGGGCCGCCCUAACACGUACCUGAAGCUACCUGAAACACCUGAAACACCUGAAACACCUGAAGGUUCAGGCUGGCUCCCUCAUCCUUCACUCCGGGAUGACGCAGGUGGCGGUCAACUGGCUGUCGAACGUAACAGCUGGUCUGAGACGCCAGGUGGUCUGUGAGACGCCAGGUGGUCUGUGAGACGCCAGGUGGUCUGUGAGACGUCAGGUGGUCUGUGAGACGCCAGGUGGUCUGUGAGACGCCAGGUGGUCUGUGAGACGCCAGGUGGUCUGUGAGACGCCAGGUGGUCUGUGAGACGCCAGGUGAUCUGUGAGACGCCAGGUGGUCUGUGAGACGCCAGGUGAUCUGUGAGACGACAGGUGAUCUGUGAGACGACAGUUGAUCUGUGAGACGACAGCUGAUCUGUGAGACGACAGCUGAUCUGUGAGACGACAGCUGAUCUGUGAGACGACAGCUGGUCUGUGAGUCUCCGGCAGACGAUCAUCUGUUUCUGCAUCAAAAUUUGUUACCUUGUUAAUUAGUGAGGAUGCCUGACUUGUGAGUGACUAUUAGUGUUAUCAUCCCGGCGCACACACACACACACACACACACACACACACACACACACACACACACACACACACGUGAACCCAAACCUAUAGAUAUUUAUACAUAUAUAUUUAAAUAUUUUUUUAAGUACCAAAGAACAAAGAACAAAUAUUCGAGUAACUGAACAAAUAUGGUAAAGGUGAGCAUUUAAUUGUAGCAACACUUUCUUGAUAAUAUAAUGUGACCUUCCCACGGUGGAGAGUGGACCAAGUGACGGGUGUUGCUCCAUGAUCCACGGAGACCCCGACCCUCCUUGCCUGCCUGUGUUUCUGCUAUAGAUACCAAACACCAUGCAUGCCAAGCCUCCCUGCAGAGCGGCCCUCCUGCUGCUGCUGCUGCUCAGAGUUAGAACUCACGCAACGCUCUCCCAAGAGACAGCAGAAAGCAGCCAAAUGCAGAGACGUAUAAUCCCGCCUUUUUCUCCCUCCUUGGAGCUUGCUCGUGCCCUGGAGUCUUCCCCAGUAACUCCCCAGGGUAUGGAGGUCCCGGCGUUAGAGAGCCCCAAGGUAGCCGUGCCCAAGAUGAGCACUCCUCUCAUAGGCAAGCAGUUGCAGGAGGGGUCUCGGGGGGCCUCUGGGGCCUCAGGAACCCAAGACACUUACGAUCGUGGUUUAAUGUACGAUAAGAGUGAAGAUAUCACCGACGACGAUGACGACAUGCCUCCCCUUGGGGAUCUACCCCUGGGGGAGGAGGACAAGGAAGGGGGUUGCCCUCCGCGCCUUCCCCAGGGCUACAUCAGCUGGCGGAAGGCCACCAAAGUUGUCAGAGCAACACUUCCCCAUCAGGUGUUCAGCUCGUGCACUCCGCCGCUAAAGUGUAGCGUCACCACCACCGUCAACAGGCGGGUGUUCCUGCAGGGCGGCGACAAGCUGGAGGUGGUGUUGAAGACCCCACCAGACUACACCCCGCCCACCAGCACCCCGCCCACCAGCGCCACGCCCACCCUCACAACCUCGGAAGGCUCUGCUGCUGAGAGAUACAUGGACGAGCAGAACAGUGCUACAGAAGCGCCUCAGCCGCCGCCGACGACGACGCAGCAGCCGCAGGAGGAACCGUCCUUAGCCUCCCCAGGGGAGCACCAGCCCCUGCUGCACCCCUCGCAGCUGGCGCCCAACACCACUCACCUUUUCACCCGGGACGACCACCUGGCGCCCCCGCCUCUCAGGAGGAGGAGGCGACAAGUAGCCGGCGGAGCGCCUCCCCUCCUGCAGUCUCCGGUCUCCAGCAGGAGACCCGGGGCGGUGAGGCUCCAGCUGGCCUCCAGGAGUGGGAGGGAGGACUCUCCUGGGAAAGAGGAUAGGAAGGAUGGGGAGCCUGAAGAGGAGCCUACUUCUUCAGCGUCGGUAAAAAUGGAGGCGGGAAACCAGACGUCGUCCUCGCCUCUCACCAUCUGGAAGGCCAGCGUGUCGGAGUGGGCUUCGUGUAGCACAAGGGAAGGGUCGCAGGUGGGCGAGAGUGGACCUGAGGGUGUCGUCACCGUCUCCGCCAGGUACCUGCAGGUCGGCACUAACUACUUUAUAGGUCGGUCGUCGUGGUCGUCGACGGAGUGUUUCAAGCUGCAAGUGACCGUCCGCUCGGCCGAGUGUGGUGAGGGCUCCCUGUGCUCGGGCAAGGGCUCCUGCUUCACCCUCCCAGAGAUGGAACACUUCAAGUGUCAGUGUUGCGAUGGCUACAAGGGCACCCACUGCGAGGAGCUGGACGCCUGCGUCGUCGACCCCUGUCUUAACACCGGCAUCUGUGUCGACAUACAAGAGGGCCACGACGGUGACACUUUCCAGUGCCUCUGUCCGUACGGUUACCGAGGCAGAUACUGUGAGGAAGAGACGAACCUGUGCAAGUCUGGUCCGUGCAGCAACGGGGCCACCUGCACCGGCAAUCACACCAGCUACACCUGCCACUGUGCCAGCGGCUGGGCGGGGCCCCAGUGCACCCAGCCCACCAACCUCGUCCACUACUGCGACAACGACUCCUGCGCCCACGGCGUCUGCCUCGAGACCAAAGAUGGCUUCCGGUGCUUCUGCGAGCCAGGCUACGGCGGAGAACGAUGCGAGUUCGAGUACAACGAGUGUGAGUCAAACCCCUGCACUAACGGGGGCACCUGCGUCGACCAGGUGGGCAGCUACCACUGCUUCUGCGGCAGAGGCUACACCGGGAAGCGCUGCCAGGUCAAGUACGACUUAUGCAACCCGGACCCGUGCUCCCCGAGCCGCGUGUGUGUGGACAAGGGCAACACGUACUCGUGCGAGUGUCUUAAUGGGUUCAGCGAGGACAACUGCGGCCCCCACACACAGCUGUGCUCUCCCAACCCCUGUGACAACGGUGGCACCUGUUGGAUCGUCCCAGAGGCUCAUCUCUUCUUCUGCGCCUGUCGCCCGGGCUUCACUGGCACCACUUGUCAAGGUAUCCUGCAGGAGGACCAUGACGAGGCGGUGCCCGAGACAGUGGGAGCUGUGGGCACGGUGGAGCCAGUGCCCCUCGACGUCCACCUGCCCAUCGGGAUGCCCCUCAACCACAUGAAGAACAUCUAUGUUGCCAUAGCCACGCUCGCCUCCGCUUUGCUUAUCUUCAUUCUGGUGGUUGGAGCGUGUCAUUGCCGCGUCAACAGGACCUACCGCAAGUGCUUCAUGAAGCUGCCUCGCCCCAGCAAGGGCCUCUCCUCCGUCAGAAGACCAAGACCAACUUCUCUCUUCGAAAAAUCCAGACGCGGGGACCGGAAGGGCGCCUUGCGGCUGGAGGCCGACUCCGACGGCGCCGCCAUGCCAAUGACCUCCAACUCUGAUGCCGUCUACUACAACAUGGACGUCUGUGACAACCAGGAACUGCCGCUUAUCAAGUAGGGACGAAGGCGAGCGGUCUCCUCCUCCUCGUCCUCCUCGUCCUCGUCCUCCUACUUGUCCUCCUCCUCGUCCUCCACACAUCAUGCCAUUGAGUGGGAAAGUUCGCUUCACCUAAAUAUAUUUUAUUCUUUCCAUUGAGAGCGUCUCUUAUUAUAAUAUAAAUUAAUAUAGUAAUAUGUAUACCUUAUAUUAUAACAAGAAUUACAUUUAAUUCCCUGAUUUUUAGGCAAGUUUAGUCUAAUUGCGAUUAAUUUAUUAACUACUGUACUAUUAUAUAUAUAUAUAUAUAUA